CGUAGCGGUUAAUUUGAGAAUUUCCAGCGGAUUGACAGAAAUCUACUUGAGUUACAUGUACCACCAGAUCCAUGGCACAGGAACAUGAAGAUAAUGUAACCAGUCUUGAGAAUGCCUCCUUUGCACGACUGGCAGCCGAAAAGGAGCAGGAAUGGCGCCAUCUUCAGGCCUUGCAUGCCCAAAGUCUUGAAGAUUGUUUAAGAGAAAAGGACAAGACCUUGAAAGAGCAAAAAGAGAAGUUUCAAAUGCUCAAAGAAGAUUUCAAAUUCAAUCUGAAGCUCCUUGCAGACAGGGAUCAGGAAUUAGAUCAGCUUGAAGUAAUGCAAGAGCAGCUUAGAGCCAGGCUGCAAUCCAGAGAGGCCGCAGUCAGUGAGUUGAAGAUUCAAAUCGAUGAGCUAAAGACAAGAAGGAGUCAGGACGAAAGGUCAAUGGAGGAUCUUCAAAGACACUAUCAACAGAGGAUAAGGGAAAAACAGGCUGAGGUGGAACAAUACAAGAUUUGUAAAGACGCUGAACUGCAGAAAGAGCGGGAUGAGGUGGAGGCACUGAGGCGUGAUAUGAAGAGGAGGAUCAGUGAGGUCGAAGAAGAGCUUGAUAUUCAGCGCAGGGAGAUGUCAGCUGGCUUUGAUGAUGCUUCCAGGAAGAGAGAGAAGGAGUAUAGGACCAAGAUAGAUGAGCUCAGCUCAACAGUGCUAUCACAUGAAAUGAAGGCCAAACUGUUGAGCAAGGAAUUGGAGCUGGUGAGAGGGGCGAGUCAACAGACCUCUACAGAACUCAAGAACAGUGAUACCAAGAUGGAUGACCUGAAAAAGAAACUCAAACAGACAGAAUGGGAGCUGAGUGACCUCAGAGGUAUCAAGGAUGCGAGAAUUACUGAGCUUGAGUCACAAUUGCUACAUGCAAAGCAAGCAGUAGAGAGGGCCGAGGAGGAAUUCAACAGAAAACAUAAGGAGCUGGACAGAUAUGCCAGGGAGAAGGAGACUGCCAUGCUUGGGAUGAAGGAGUCCCAGAUGGAGACAGAGAGAAAGCUCCAGGAGGAGAUCAGGAGGCUAGAAGGAGCCCUAGAGGCCAAAGAGGUGGAGAUGAGGAGGGAGACAUGGGAGCAUCAGGAUGCACUGAAAGAUAAAGAGAUGCUUAUUGAAAAACAUCAACAAGAGUCCAGAGAGCUAAGAAACCAGCUUGAUGGCCAGAUAUCCAAAGUAUCUAAGGACUUGGUAUCAAAAGACCUCGUGAUUGAGUCUCUGCGAGACCGUGAGGGAAAACUCAGAGCUGAACUAGAAUGCCGCAAACAGGACAUUGAAAGAUACCAGAAGGAGCUUGUCGUGGCUGCAGAGAAGGAGCAAAACAUGGAGCGUACAAAGGCACAGCUGGAGCUGGAUUGGCAAAGGAGAUAUGAAGAUGCAGAGAGGAACCAGUAUGCUAAAUCUGAAGAUCUGAUUGAUAAGCUUACAAAGUCUAGAGAUCAAGCUGUUGCAUUGACCAAGGAACUAGAAAGGGAGUUGCAGCAAAGAGAUGACUUGAACAGAGUCUUAGCACGAGACCGGGACCAAGCCGUAGCUACGUUGAGAAAACACAAGCUACAGAUCGACAGGGAUAUGAUUCCAAGUCGAGAUACUGGAAUGGAGAAUGCUGAGUUGGAAACUAGCCAGGUUGAAGAGCUUCAGGCCCAGAAUGAAUCUCUCAUUGCAGUGAUUAAGGAUAUGAAGAGAGAGAUGGAAGAGAUGGAAAGACAGAUUGACAGAAGGUACAAAGAUGGAAUGAAAAUCAGAAAGAGGGAAGAUGAGCCCAUGAGAGGAGAGGUCAUGAAGAGUGAACAACAAGCUCCCUUUACUGAAGAAUAUGUCAAGUCCAUUGAGAAAGAGUGCAGAGAACUUAAGGUUGAAAAGAGGAGAUUGGAGGAAAGACUAUCCACCCUGGCACAAACCAUUCAAGAUGGAGGGAUGUCACCAUCUGGUCAUCUCGGAGGGAUUCAUAUUGAUCUUGCUGAAAAUGAUGCAAUCAAAAGCCAUAUCCAGUCCCUGAAUGAUACUAUUGGUGCCCUGCGAGCAGAUAAGGUCACAACGUCGGCUGAGUUGAGGAAAUAUCAGGCUCGACUGAGUCAUUUAGAAACUGAAUUGAGCCAGAAACAAUAUCAGCCAAGAGAGAAACAGGCCGAGGUGGAUCAGUUAAGGUAUGAGCUCUCCACCCAGGCCAGGCGCCAUGCUGCCGAGUCUGCUUCCACUGCCCAGAGGAUGAGUCAACUAGAACUAGAGUUACUAGAGGCUAGGAGAGAAGCAGAUGAGUAUUACAAGGGUACCUUACAGACCAACCUGGAGGCAACCACCCUUGGGCAACAGGUUUCUGCUCUGACUAUGGAUCUUGCUGGUCGAGGUUCAACUAACAGGCAUGGUAUCCAGAGUCCAUUAGUAUCCCAGCUUCAGAGAGAAGUUCAUAAUUUGAGGUCACAGCUGGCUAGAGUCAGAACUCAACCGGGAGAUGAUCAAAAUGCAGACCGUGAUGGGUUGCAAGCUAAACUCAAGACAGCAGCACGUCAUAUCAGUCAACUAGCCAAGGAAAAACAGAAACUUAUUGAGAUGGGUAAUCGAUUACGAUCAGAGCUUGCCCUCUACAGACCUUCACCUCCUAACCAGCAGUCAAAGGGUCAAAGGUCAGUUGCAGGAGAGAGGAGUGUGACAGCAGGGAAGCUGGCAGAGCAGGUCUCUUCUAAGCUCCAAAACUUGGAGAAACUGCAGUAUGCUCUCACCAAGCAGGAAUUGCAGUUUGCCAGAGGGAGUAGUCACAAAGAUGAAGUUACAGAUGUCAUACAGGUGCAGCUAAGCUCAUCAUCUGACACAACACCAGAGGUCACACCUAGGUUAGCUGAAGACACACAACCUCUUCCAACUAACUAUUCACAAAGUAAAGCCCCAACUCAAAUACACAUACGAACACAGCACUCACACAGCUCAGAUGGGGAGGCACCCAACAGUGAUUCAUCAGCCAAUCAGAGGCACACACCACUGGUGAUGUCAUCAUUAGGGGAGGAGUCUAUGCAAGAUGUGUGGCGUCUUCUUGACGAUGGGGCCAGCCCAUUAUUCUUCAGAUCUCCUUCUCCAAUGCGUAAACCAGACCACUCCCCUAUACCAGAGGAGCCUCAACCCACCAUUCCAUCCAGUCACCAAUCCCAUCAGCGCCACAGUACAGGAGGCCUAGAGGUUGCUGGACGUAGCACCCACUACCAAGUCAGAGGUUCAAACCCCUCAAUCAAACCAGAGUUAUCCUCUAAGGCAGCAGGAAAAAUACAACCCAAGUUACAGCCUCCCAAGAGAAAAAUUAGAAAUUAUGCACUUAGAGACAGUGAUAAUGUGAGGUGACAGUAAACAUCUCUGGUGACAGGGAUGAUAUCAUGUGACUGCAAGGAUAUCAGGUGACUGUGUAGAUGUCAAAUAUAUGUCAGGUGACAUUGAGGAUAUCAGGUGACAGUGGAGAUGUUAAAUGUGAUGUUAGGUGAGAGUUAGGAUCUUAGGUGAUGGUGGAGAUUUCAAAUGUGAUGUCAGAUGACAGUGAAGAUUUUAAGGGUUGAUGACGAUGUGAGGUAACAGUGAAAACUAUCAGCUUAAUCGUGGAGUUGCUAGGUGUUGCUGAUGAUAUAAGGUGAUGAUGAAAAUUUCAGUUAAUGAUAAAAUCACAUGACUUAAGAUAUCAGGGAAGCAUUUCACCUACAUUGUUGUCUGACAAGUCAGUUCUGAAAACUUUGCUUGACUUUGAUUGGCAGAGAAGCCUAGAUGUCUGACUGUUCCAGACUCUGUUGGAUCAAACAUCCAACAAGUUCUUUCUUGAAACCUGUCCCAGCUGUUAGUGGUGAUGU